GAAACAUCGCGGGAUUUCCAUCUUUCAGUCUCCGCCCCUUUACGGCACGAUGGUCGCGCAAGAAUGUGAUAGAAGCUCGACGGUCGCCAUUUUCUUCCUUUCUUAGCAGUUAGCUGAGAAGAGGUCUCUGUGAAGAAGCGGCAGCGGCUCUUGUAGUGUAGCCAUGGCAGACUAUUCAACAGUGCCUCCACCCUCCUCUGGGUCAGCUGGUGGUGGUGGUGGCGGCGGUGGUGGAGGAGGAGUUAACGAUGCUUUCAAAGAUGCGCUGCAGAGAGCCCGGCAGAUUGCAGCAAAAAUUGGGGGUGAUGCUGGUACAUCAUUAAAUUCAAAUGACUAUGGUUAUGGGGGACAAAAAAGACCUUUAGAAGAUGGAGAUCAACCAGAUGCUAAGAAAGUUGCUCCUCAGAAUGACUCUUUUGGAACACAGUUACCACCGAUGCAUCAGCAACAAAGCAGAUCUGUAAUGACAGAAGAAUACAAAGUUCCAGAUGGAAUGGUUGGAUUUAUAAUUGGGAGAGGAGGUGAACAGAUCUCACGCAUACAGCAAGAAUCUGGAUGCAAAAUACAGAUAGCUCCUGACAGUGGUGGCCUUCCAGAAAGGUCUUGUAUGUUAACUGGAACACCUGAAUCUGUCCAAUCGGCAAAACGGUUACUAGAUCAGAUUGUUGAAAAAGGAAGACCAGCUCCUGGAUUUCAUCAUGGUGAUGGACCUGGAAAUGCGGUUCAAGAAAUCAUGAUUCCAGCUAGCAAGGCAGGAUUAGUUAUUGGAAAGGGAGGAGAGACUAUUAAACAACUUCAGGAACGGGCUGGAGUUAAAAUGGUUAUGAUUCAAGAUGGGCCUCAGAACACUGGUGCUGAUAAGCCUCUUAGGAUUACAGGCGACCCAUACAAAGUUCAACAAGCCAAGGAAAUGGUGUUAGAAUUAAUUCGUGAUCAAGGUGGUUUCAGAGAAGUUCGAAAUGAGUACGGGUCAAGAAUAGGAGGAAAUGAAGGGAUUGAUGUUCCGAUUCCAAGAUUUGCUGUUGGCAUUGUAAUAGGAAGAAAUGGAGAGAUGAUCAAAAAAAUACAGAAUGAUGCUGGUGUUCGAAUUCAGUUUAAGCCAGAUGAUGGAACAACACCUGAUAGAAUAGCACAAAUAACAGGACCCCCAGACCGAUGUCAACAUGCUGCAGAAAUUAUUACAGACCUUCUUCGAAGUGUUCAGGCUGGUAAUCCUGGUGGACCUGGACCUGGUGGUCGAGGAAGAGGUAGAGGUCAAGGCAACUGGAACAUGGGACCACCUGGUGGACUACAGGAAUUUAAUUUCAUUGUGCCAACCGGGAAGACUGGAUUAAUAAUAGGAAAAGGAGGUGAAACCAUAAAAAGCAUAAGCCAACAGUCUGGUGCAAGAAUAGAACUUCAGAGAAAUCCUCCACCUAAUGCAGACCCUAAUAUGAAAUUAUUUACAAUUCGUGGCACUCCACAGCAAAUAGACUAUGCUCGGCAACUCAUAGAAGAAAAGAUUGGUGGCCCAGUAAAUCCUUUAGGGCCCCCUGUACCCCAUGGGCCCCAUGGUGUCCCAGGCCCCCAUGGGCCUCCUGGGCCUCCAGGGCCUGGAACUCCAAUGGGACCAUACAACCCUGCACCUUAUAAUCCUGGACCACCUGGCCCAGCUCCUCAUGGUCCUCCAGCCCCAUAUGCUCCUCAGGGGUGGGGAAAUGCAUAUCCACAUUGGCAGCAACAGGCUCCUCCUGAUCCAGCUAAGGCAGGAACGGAUCCAAAUUCAGCAGCUUGGGCUGCUUAUUAUGCUCACUAUUACCAACAGCAAGCACAGCCACCACCUGCAGCUCCUGCAGGUGCACCAACUACAACCCAGACUAAUGGACAAGGUAACUAUGGAGAUCAGCAAAAUCCAGCUCCAGCUGGACAGGUUGAUUAUACCAAGGCUUGGGAAGAGUACUACAAGAAAAUGGGUCAAGCAGUUCCUGCUCCUACUGGGGCUCCACCAGGUGGUCAACCAGAUUAUAGUGCGGCCUGGGCUGAGUACUAUAGACAACAAGCAGCUUAUUAUGCCCAGACAAGUCCCCAGGGAAUGCCACAGCAUCCUCCAGCACCUCAGGGCCAAUAAUAAGAAGUGGACAAUACAGUAUUUGCUUCAUUGUGUGGGGGAAAAAAACCUUUGUUAAAUAUAUGGAUGCAGACGACUUGAUGAAGAUCUUAAUUUUGUUUUUGGUUUAAAGUAGUUUUUUUUUUCCCUUUUUUUUCUUUUUCUUUUUCUUUUUUUUUUUUUUUUGAAAAUGUACAAAAUAUCUAUCACUACUGAUAGGAGGUUAAUAUUUCUGUGUAGAAAUGAAAAUUGGUUUGUUUUUAGUGUUUAGUGUAGAUGUACACAUUCCAGCAAAUGUAUUUGCAACUAUUAUGUGGUCAAUGCUUUGUGAUAUAAAUGUACUUUUUCAAUGUAUACUUUCACUUUUAAAAAUGCCUGUUUUGUGCUUUACAAUAAAUGAUAUGAAACCUCCUGUGUCGGUAAGUUGGAUAUGUGGGUAUUUAAAGAAUUCGUAAUUUCUUAGCAAUGAUAAGAUACAUAUACACAAAUAUGUAAGCUUUCCCCGUGAAUUAUUGAGUUUUUAAACACUGGCAUGUUUUUUCCCCGUUGCAGUAUAGUGGUAGAUUGGAGACUUUUCCAUUUAUUGUAUUUGGCUAUUUCAGCACAAGUAAUCCUGAUAUCUUCAUUUUUUUCCCUUCUGUUUGAUUAAAAACUGCAUGUGUGUACAAUGAUCUUUUGGCAUACUUCCAUUGCAUUAACAGUAAAAUUUCCUUUUAUACAUGACCACUGUUUCAGACCUGUACUGCUGCUAUAACAGUUAACCUUUCUGUUCUUAAUUUGAUAUUUACUUGAUUUCCAAGACUGUUUCAGCAUAACUAAUUUUAAACAGUUUUCAGAUAGUGAAUUUGAGUAGUAUAAUGACUUUUUUUUUCAUGUAAAGUAACUCUUUCGAUGUAUAUAAUAUUAGUGUGUUUCUUUCUAAAUUUAGGGUAGAAAAGCGAGUAGUAUGCAAAAAGUAUAGCUACAUUGCAUCUGCCAUUGAAACAUAAUUGGGGUAUGGAAACGUUCAAGUUUUUUUCUUUUUUCUCUUUUUUUAUUUUUGCAGUAUAGAUAAGCUUUGUUUUGUAAAUGCACAAGUCCAAUCAUUGAAUCAACUUAAUUUUUUUAUGUACUUGAAAUCAUUUUAUUACUCUUUAACACUCAUGCUGAAGUUCUGAUAUUUUGUUGAAAUCCAUUGUUUUAUUCUUUGCAUAUUUGUUGGCUCUUUGCAUAUUUAUAGACUACAUGCAAAUACAGUCUGUCUUGCCAUUGUCUGUUGAAGUGCAGGUUUGAUCCAGCCAGUAUAGAACUAGCUCUGUAGGGGUGAGGAGGACUGUGCUGUGUAUCAUCCUUGAUUGUGUUCCUUCAAGGAGCAUUGCACUGUAAGUACAUCAGAAUGACAAAUUGAUGAACUGCAACAGUAUCUUUUUGUCAAUGUUCCACAUAAUGCAAAUGCCAUAUUUUGUGUGAAUAUUAUGUUGGAAUACAGUGCUAAUAUCUUGGAAAACUAUAAUUGCUUAACAUAGAAUAAUACAUAGUUCUGUUUUUUUUUUUUUCUAAGUGAGCUUAAUGGGUAAGUAUUUUUGAUAUGCUUUAGCUAUAGCUAAAGAAAACUUGAUCAUUAACAAAAUUGAACAGUAUUAUUGGUGCUCCUAAAAUAUUGUUUUUUGGUUAAAAUAUGCAUAUCGUAUAUUAAUAUGAAAAACUUGGAAUGUGUAAGACAGAAGUGGUUCUCAGCUUGCAAAUAAUAAGCAAUGUAGCACUUUUAACACCAUAAAUAUAUUUUCUGUCAUUGGUGGGGAGCACCAUUUGUUGCUUUGAAUAUACUGUAAAGGAAGAUGUGCAAGAACAAAAUGUUGAGAUUACCUGUAGAGGAAAAUAGCAGUACAGUUCAUUUUAGAUAUUUUGAAAUGUUUUUGAUUGUUUUAUAUAACCUAGAGUGAUUUCCCUUACCCUUAUUUAGAUAUGGAUGUGUAGUACUAGUUUGAAGUUUAAUAGUUAAGGAGUUAGUUAAUCUAUUAUCUUUAAGAUUAGGGUAUUGACAUGAAAAUUUGAGUAUUUUGCAUGAUUCUGUUGUGUAGAUGAUCUUUUAGGAAAGUGGUGCAUUUAUUAAUUAAAACUGAAGAAAUAGUUCAGUUGGAUUCAGUAUCAUAACUCACAAAUUGGAGGCUGUUGAUUUUGAUUCAUUUAAGGUUUAAAAUCUUUAUUAAUUGCAAACAGUGCAAUUAUUUAUACUUCACAGUGCCUUCCCAGACCUUCCACCUUAGGUUCUGCUGCAAAAAGCACAGUGCUGAAGAUGCUGCAAGCACCAAAUCAUAGCUCAUAAAAUCAGGUCCUGAGAUAGUUACCCAUAAAGAGGAAUCCUUUGAGUGUAUGCCAUUGGUGAGCCGAUGAGCAUGGACCAUAGAAGGGCUCAAUGUAGAAGGUAAAAUUGGCAAAUCAUAAUUGAGAAAUAUGAAAUGUAUUCCCAUACAUAAUAUGGUAUAGGGUGUAAUGUACCUGCUUUUGAUCACUUUUCAUUUUAAAGUGCUAUUCACUUGAUCUUAAAUGUUCCAUGAACUGUUAAAUUUCUUAAGUUACUGCACCACAUUUAUGCUUAUGUGUGUUUGAUAGUCAAUGCUAGUUAUGUUAAAAUUUGAUAAUACAAAGGGGCUCUUGACUUUAAGAGCCUGUCAAGUUUUGGUUAGUUGUAGUUUGCAUUUUUAUAAAAGAAAAUAUAGAUGAAUGCUAAUAGAUAUUGUGGCAUUGUUGCUAUCUCAUGAGAAUUUUUUAAUUCAUAAGCCUUCUUGAUAAAAUAAGCAUUUUUUAAAAAUGGCGCUAACCUUUCCAUAAUUUUGAAAUAAAGGGAAAGCAGAAAAGGUGAGCCAGAUGGUUUGAAAUGAUAAUGGAUCUUAGUGGUGGUAGGGAAAAAAAAAUGUUUAGAUUGAAAUUUAACUGAUUAAUUUGAUUAGCACUUGAGCAAAAACUUGACAAUGUGUUUUUAAAACAUCUUAGUGUUGUGAUACUUAGAAUUCUAUAGUUUGAUGUUUUUUGUUUUUUUUGUUUUGUUUAGAAAUAAGUAUAGUUUUUUAACUAAUGAAAAUGGUUUAAUACUAAGACUAGUGAUUUGAUACUAGUUGUUUAUUAACAUUGUAAAACGUAUCCUUAAACAAAUAUCUUUGAGGUUUAUUCAUAAUGGCAGGUUUGGUUAGGUGUAGCAGAGUGACUUAGAAAGAAAUAGGAGUAUAUUACUAAGUAACAGUAUUUGUUUGGAUGCUCUGCCAGUAGAAUCUUCUACCUAAAAAGUUAUCUGUUGUCUAGAAUAAUGUAGUAGAGUUUACUAAUCAGUGAGGAUGUUUUACUUUUUUUUUCUGCAAAUUCUGCCUCAUUUAAAAAUGCUUUUUAACAAUACCUAGUUAAAUAUAAUUUGACUCUGAAAAUAACCUUACGUUUUAUUUGAACAGUCACUUGAUUUUUCUUACCACAAUAAAACUUUUGAGGGAUUUUUAAAUUGGUGCUUUUAAAAAGCAAAUAAAUCCCAGAGUUUUAUUUUCUUCAGUAAUACCCCUAAAGAAAACUCUUAAAUGUAUUUGCGAAUAUAUAUAUAUAUAUUUUUUCUUAUGCAUGCUCGAUGCAUUUUCGUCCUGAGAAAAGUGUUCUCUACAGAAACUACCCGUGUGUAAAAAGAAGAUUGGCUUAAAAUGGCUACUGUGAUGGGAACAGUGUCUUAGGGAGAUGCAGCUUGGACUUGAGGUAAAUUGAAUACUUUACAAACUGUGGUUUAGAGUUUGCUUUAAUGACACUGUAUGUAAAAGGACGUAUGCUUGCUGUAAUUUUGUAUUCAUUUUGGUCUCCUCAAUAAAAAAAAUAAAUAAAUGUACUUUGAAUUAUAA